AUGUCUUCCCAGCCCACGCCAAAUCCUCCAUGGUGCAAGGUCACGGUGACUCGACGCGUAGCAUCAUGUCAUGAUAGCCAUCUACAUGGUGGGAGAAAAUAAAGAAAUGCGUUCAAUGUUAAUUCUAAGAUCCAAAUCAAAAUAUUAUUCUUCAAUCGUUGAUCCAUCCGGAUCACAGAUAUAGCAAAGCUCGUCCGAAGCACCUCCAGCUUCUCCGGUCGAAGGACCCAAGAAUUCCGUCAGACGCCGCUGAUGCAGCCCUUCUCUUCCCACGCCCGUUUCUUUUCCACUCUCAAGCAGGCGGAGGAUCGAUUGGCAUCGGAGAGGAAACGAAGCAAACCCGCGCCGGAGACCUGUCCAUCGUCGGACCUGCUCAGCUCCCCCAUCUUUCUCGACUCCCCGGCCGGCCCCAGCACCAGGCCGCCCGGCCUUCAGGAAAGCAGCAGCGGCCCUCCGCCCGACUUCUUCUCCUGCUCCCCAUCCCCAUCCCCGCUAGAUGAUGAUGAUGGCCGCGGCAGCGGUGAUGAAGACGGCGAGGCCGCGGACGACAUCGAACAGCUGAUGGCUCUUCUAGGGCUGUCGGCAGGGGAAUGCGCGGACGAAGGAGACGGGGUCGUGGGGGACUGCUGUGACUGUAGCGGUGGCGGAGGGUUCUACUCCAAAGUUGCCGGGGUGAAGGGCCCCAAAUGUGAGAAGGAGAGGCGGAGACUGGAUGGUUGGAUUGACUACUACUACCGCGGAGAUGAUGGCGGGGAGAGGAGAGAACCGGCGAGGUUGGCUCACCUGCUGCUGGCCAAGGCCGCCUACUUGGAUUGGGAUCGGGAGGAUGGUGAAGAUGGGCUUGGGGCGAUUGGGUUCCCGGACACCGUGAAGGAGUUUUUGGAACAUGACCCACCGGAGAGGAAGAAGAUGGGAGGACAAAGCACAGAGCAUUAGGAUUUAGGAUUUGUUGUUCUCAUCUUCUUCUUGGCUUCCCUUUAGAGUUUAUAUUGUGCCCAAGCUUACUUUAUAAGCUUGAGCUGGUUCUGGUUUUUUACUUCAUUUUUCUACACUUUGGCAAUUUGUGUUUACGAGAAACUGUAGUUUAAGAAUCAAAUAUUUCCUGCAAGCAAGGUUGAGGGGAAGCAGAAA